UUAUCAGCACUAAUUCCUCCGGACUCGCAAUGUUGCGAUGAUCAUGGCCGCGCAAGUUGCAGCGGCUCCAGCGGGUGCGAACAACAGCAAGGGAAAAGCUCCGAGCCUGCCGGGCAGCCUGGGCCCGGAGCGGGCCUCAGGGGGGGCCGGGGCCGCUGCCUCGGGGGCUCCCGGGCCGGGCCCCGCGCUGGGGGUCGGAGAGGGGAGUCCGGCCGGCGGCAGCAGCAGCAGCAGCGUGAAUAAUGUAGAUCACCAUCUCCUCUACCACCACAGCGAGCCGCUGAACAUGGCCAAUAACGCGGCUCCCGCCGCUGCCGGUAACAACAACAACAACAACGCCAGCGGCGGCGGCGGCUCCUCCUCGGAGCCGGCUCUGAAGGAAGGUGGAAGCUCCUCGGCGUUAUCUUCUUCUUCGUCUUCUUCCUCCUCCUCCUCCUCCUCCUCCAACCCAGGCUCGGCCAUGGAGACGGGGCUGCUCCCCAACCACAAGCUGAAGAGCGUCGGAGGCGAUCACCCCGCCGCGCCGCCCCACCACCACCAUGCCCACCACCCGCAUCACCAUGCCCACCACCACCAUGCCCACCACCCGCACCACCACCACCAUGCACUACAGCAGCAGCUAAAUCAAUUCCCGCCGCCGCAGCAGCCGCCGCCUCAGCACCAUCCCGUGCAGAAUAACAACAGCAGCCUCGGCGGCGGCGGCAGCGGCAGCAACAACAACGGCGGUGGCGGUGGCGGCGCUGCUCAGCCCAGUGCAGACAUGGAGCAGCAGCAACAUGGAGGAAAAGACAGUGUUUUGGGCGCUCAGGCCGAGCCCCCCCAGCAGCCGCAGCAAAUGCUGAAUAAAAGCGCCGACGAGGAGGAGAUGCCUGGCAAGAUGGGCGAGCCCAUCGGUGGCCGCUACGAUCACCCCAGCUUAGGACCCCUGGGCGGACAGCAGCAGCCCCAGCAGCCGCCCGCGAGCGCUGGGAGCGGCGGCGGCGGCCUCGGCUGCGGCGGGAGCGGGGGAGGCGGCGGCGGCCCCUCCGCGGUGGGUGUCUCGGAGUUCAAUAGCUAUUAUGGCAACGCUGCCCCUGCCCCUGCCAGCAGCGCUACGGCGAGCCGCGCCGGGCCUUGCUUUGAUCAACAUGGCGGACAACAAAGCCCCGGGAUGGGGAUAAUGCACCCCACGGCGGCCCCCAACAGCAUGGAUCCCCUGCAAAACUCUCACGAAGGUUACCCCAACAGCCAGUACAACCACUACUCGGGCUACGGUCGCGGCCCCGGCGGCGGCGGCGCGGGCGGCGGCGGCGCGGGAGCCGUGGCGGCGGCGGCGGCUGCUGGGGCAGGCGGCGGUGGCUACGGGGGCUCCGCGGCGGGCUACGGGGUGCUGAGUUCCCCGAGGCAGCCGGGCGGCGGCAUGAUGAUGGGCCCUGGUGGUGGGGCCGGCCUCGGCAAGGCUACUGCCGGCUCGGCGGCGGCCGGCGGCUUCGCGCGGUUCUCCGGCCAGAACCAGCACCCGUCCGGGGCCACCCCUACCUUGAACCAGCUGCUCACGUCCCCCAGCCCCAUGAUGCGGAGCUACGGCAGCAGCUACCCCGACUACAGCAACCCCAGCGCCCCGCCACCGCCGCAGCCCCAGCCCCAGGCAGCGGCGGCCGCCCCGGGAAGCCAGCAGGCAGCGGCAGGCAUGGGCAUGGGCAAGGACAUGGGCGCCCAGUAUGGAGCGGCAAACCCGGCCUGGGCAGCGGCACAACAAAGAAAUCACCCAGCGAUGAGCCCUGGGAGCACCGGGCAGGCCAUCAGCAGGACCCAGGGCAGCCCAAUGGAUCCCAUGGUCAUGAAGAGACCUCAGCUGUACGGCAUGGGCAGUAACCCUCAUUCUCAGACGCAGCAGAGCAGCCCCUACCCUGGGCAGUCCUAUGGCCCUCCCGGCCCCCAGCGCUAUCCCGUGGGAAUGCAGGGCCGAGCCCCAACAGCCAUGGGAGGAAUGCAGUAUCCACAGCAACAGAUCCCACCUCAGUAUGGUCAGCAAGGUGUAAGUGGCUACUGCCAGCAGGGCCAGCAGCCGUACUACAACCAGCAGCCACAGCCUCAGCAUCUGCCACCCCAGGCACAAUAUCUGUCGCAGGCCCAGCAGAGGUACCAGGCUCAGCAGGACAUGUCUCAGGAAGGCUAUGGAAGCAGAUCUCAGCCCCCUAUGGCCACAGGAAAGCCUAACCAUGAAGACUUGAAUCUAAUCCAGCAAGAAAGACCAUCGAGCUUACCAGUUGAAGUCUUGGCCUCCGAGGAUGCUACAUUUGGACACAAGGAUUUAUCUGGAUCCAUUGAUGACUUGCCGACUGGAACCGAAGCAACCCUGAGCUCAGCUGUUAGUGCUUCAGGCUCUACGAGCAGCCAAGGGGAGCAGAGCAACCCUGCACAGUCUCCUUUCUCCCCUCAUGCUUCUCCACAUCUCUCUGGCAUCCCUGGGGGCCCAUCACCUUCCCCCGUAGGCUCUCCCGUUGGAAGCAACCAGUCAAGAUCCGGCCCCAUUUCUCCAGCGAGUAUUCCAGGCAGUCAGAUGCCACCGCAGCCUCCUGGCAGCCAGUCAGAAUCCAGCUCCCACCCUGCCUUGAGCCAGUCACCAAUGCCACAGGACCGAGGUUUUAUGUCAGGCAUACAGAGGAAUCCUCAAAUGUCGCAGUAUGGACCUCAGCAAACUGGACCUUCCAUGUCACCACACCCCUCACCUGGAGGCCAGGUGCAUCCUGGAAUUGGUAGCUUUCAACAGAGUAAUUCAAGUGGUACUUACGGGCCUCAGAUGAGCCAGUAUGGACCGCAAGGAAACUACUCCAGACCACCGACGUACAGUGGUGUGCCCAACACAAGUUACAGUGGCCCGGGACCUGGCAUGGGUAUAAAUGCAAACAGCCAGAUGCAUGGACAGGGCCCAAGCCAGCCUUGCGGUACCAUGCCCUUGGGACGGAUGCCAUCAGCUGGGAUGCAGAGCAGACCAUUUCCUGGAAACAUGAGCAGUAUGACCCCCAAUUCUCCUGGCAUGUCUCAGCAGGGAGGCCCUGGGAUGGGCCCACCUAUGCCAACUGUGAACCGUAAGGCACAGGAGGCAGCUGCUGCAGUGAUGCAGGCUGCUGCAAACUCCGCUCAGAGCAGGCAAGGCAAUUUUCCUGCCAUGAAUCAGAGCAGUAUCAUGGGAUCCAGCUCCCCCUACACUCAGCCGAUGAACAACAGCUCUGGCUUGAUGAACCCACAGGCUCCUCCUUACAGCAUGGCACCUAACAUGGUGAACAGUUCAACAGGUAAUGCACCUAUGGGUCUUGCAGAUAUGAUGACAGCUGGUGAGUCCAAACUACCCCUUCCUCUCAAAGCAGAUGGCAAAGAAGAAGGACCCCCCCAAACUGAGAGCAAGUCAAAGGAUAGCUACAGCUCUCAGGGUAUUUCUCAGCCCCCAACCCCAGGCAACCUGCCAGUCCCUUCCCCAAUGUCCCCAAGCUCUGCUAGCAUCUCCUCAUUUCAUGGAGAUGAAAGUGAUAGCAUUAGCAGCCCAGGCUGGCCAAAGACUCCAUCAAGCCCUAAAUCGAGUUCCUCUACCACAACUGGAGAGAAGAUCACUAAAGUCUAUGAGCUAGGAAAUGAACCGGAGCGCAAGAUGUGGGUAGAUCGGUACCUCACCUUCAUGGAGGAGAGGGGCACGCCUGUGGCCAGUCUGCCAGCUGUGGGCAAGAAGCCCCUCGACCUGUUCAGGCUCUAUGUCUGUGUCAAAGAGAUUGGAGGUUUAGCACAGGUUAAUAAAAACAAGAAGUGGCGUGAGCUGGCAACCACCUUGAAUGUCGGCACUUCGAGCAGUGCAGCCAGCUCCCUGAAAAAACAAUACAUUCAGUACCUGUUUGCCUUCGAGUGCAAGAUUGAGCGAGGGGAGGAGCCCCCUCCAGAAGUCUUCAGCACUGGAGAUACUAAGAAACAACCUAAGAUUCAGCCGCCAUCUCCUGCUAAUUCUGGUUCCUUGCAAGGUCCACAGACACCACAAUCUACUGGUAGUAAUUCCAUGACAGAAGUGCCAGGCGACCUAAAGCCUCCAACACCAGCAUCAACACCUCAUGGACAGAUGACACCUAUGCAGGGUGGCAGGAACAGCGCCGUUAGUGUGCAUGAUCCCUUUUCUGAUGUAAGUGAUUCAGCGUUCCCAAAGCGAAACUCCAUGACGCCAAAUGCACCAUACCAGCAGGGAAUAAACAUGCCAGAUAUGAUGGGAAGGAUGCCAUAUGAGCCCAACAAAGAUCCUUUUGGUGGAAUGAGAAAAGUUCCUGGAAGCAAUGAGCCUUUCAUGACCCCUGGACAAAUGCCUAACAGUGGAAUACAAGAUAUGUAUAACCAGACUCCAUCUGGAGCAAUGUCCAACAUGAGUAUGAGCCAGCGACAGCAGUUCUCUUAUGGAAGUGGCUAUGACAGGAGGCAUGAACCAUAUGGGCAGCAGUAUCCAGGACAAGGACCUCCCUCAGGACAGCCACCAUAUGGAGGACAUCAACCUGGAAUGUAUCCACAGCAGCAGAACUAUAAGCGACACAUGGAUGGCAUGUAUGGGCCUCCAGCCAAACGCCAUGAAGGGGAUAUGUAUAACAUGCAGUACGGCAACCAGCAACAGGAAAUGUAUAACCAGUACAGCAAUGCUUACGCAGGGCCUGACAGGAGGCCUAUGCAGGGGCAGUAUCCUUAUCCAUAUAACAGGGAGAGGAUGCAGGGCCCAGGACAAAUGCAACAGCAUGGAAUACCUCCCCAGAUGAUUGGUGGCCCCAUGCAGUCAUCAUCCUCCAGCGAAGGUCCUCAGCAGAACAUGUGGCCAACACGAAAUGAUAUGCCUUACCCUUACCAGAACAGGCAAGGUCCAGGAGGCCCUGCACAGGCCCCGCCAUAUCCAGGGAUGAAUCGCACUGAUGAUAUGAUGGUACCUGACCAGAGGAUAAACCACGAGAGUCAGUGGCCUUCUCAUGUCAACCAACGUCAGCCUUCGUAUAUGUCAUCCUCAGCCUCCAUGCAGCCUAUCACUAGACCUCCUCAGUCAUCCUACCAGACGCCACCCUCUAUGCCAAACCACAUCUCCAGAGCUCCAAGUCCAGCAUCCUUCCAGCGCUCUUUGGAAAACCGCAUGUCUCCAAGCAAGUCUCCUUUCCUACCCUCCAUGAAGAUGCAAAAGGUUAUACCCACAGUUCCAGUGUCACAGGUCACAGGACCUCCACCCCAACCCCCACCAAUUAGGCGGGAAAUUACCUUCCCCCCAGGCUCUGUAGAAGCAUCCCAACCAGUCUUGAAACCAAGACGAAAGAUUACCUCAAAAGAUAUUGUAACUCCUGAGGCCUGGAGAGUGAUGAUGUCUCUUAAAUCUGGUCUUUUGGCUGAAAGUACCUGGGCGCUAGACACUAUUAAUAUUCUUCUGUAUGAUGACAGCACUGUUGCUACUUUCAACCUCUCUCAGUUGUCUGGAUUUCUUGAGCUUUUAGUAGAAUAUUUUAGAAAAUGCCUGAUUGACAUUUUUGGAAUCCUAAUGGAAUAUGAAGUGGGAGAUCCAGGCCACAAAGCACUUGAUCACAAAGCAGCCAAGAAAGAUGACGGCCAGUCCUUGGCAGAAGCUACUGGAAAAGAGGAGAACGACGAAUGUAUUGACUAUUUCGAUGAAGAUGAGGAGGAAGGGGAAGAUGAAAAGGUAGAAGGAGAAGAAAAGAGCAUUGUUUUUUCCACUCCUGGUGCCAUUGCUGAUCCAAGUGAGAGGCCAAAACAAGCCAGUAAAUUUGACAAGCUGCCAAUAAAGAUUGUAAAGAAAAAUAAUCUAUUUGUUGUUGACCGAUCUGACAAACUUGGACGCGUUCAGGAAUUUGAUAGUGGACUUCUCCACUGGCAGCUUGGUGGUGGUGACACAACUGAGCAUAUCCAGACUCACUUUGAAAGCAAGAUGGAAAUUCCUCCACGCAGGAAAGCCCCUCCUCCCUUGAACUCGCCAAGCAAAAAGAAGGACCUCGAGGGAAAAGGUGAAUCUGAGGAACAACAAGAAAAAAGUAUAACAGCAACCAUUGAUGAUGUCCUCUCAGCUUGGCCAGGAGCAUUGCCUGAAGACUCAAACUCUGGUUCCCAAACAGAGAGCAGUAAAUUUCCCUUUGGGAUCCAUCAAGCCAAAAGCCACCGAAAUAUUAAACUGCUAGAGGAUGAGCCAAGGAGCCGGGAUGAGACUCCUCUAUGCACCAUAACUCACUGGCAAGACUCCUUGGCCAAACGCUGCAUCUGUGUGUCAAAUAUCGUCCGUAGUUUGUCUUUUGUGCCUGGCAACGACACUGAAAUGUCCAAACAUCCAGGCUUGGUGCUGAUCCUGGGAAAGUUGAUCCUACUUCACCAUGAGCAUCCAGAAAGAAAGCGAGCGCCGCAAACUUACGAGAAAGAGGAGGAGGAGGACAAAGGGGUAGCCUGCAGCAAGGAUGAGUGGUGGUGGGACUGCCUCGAGGUCUUGAGGGAUAACACAUUGGUCACAUUAGCCAACAUUUCUGGGCAGCUAGACUUGUCUGCUUACACAGAAAGCAUCUGUUUGCCAAUUUUGGAUGGCUUGCUGCACUGGAUGGUGUGCCCGUCUGCGGAGGCACAGGAUCCUUUUCCAACGGUGGGGCCCAACUCGGUUCUUUCGCCUCAGAGACUUGUGCUGGAGACCCUGUGUAAGCUCAGUAUCCAGGACAAUAAUGUGGACCUUAUCUUGGCCACUCCCCCAUUCAGUCGUCAGGAGAAACUCUACGCUACUUUAGUUAGGUACGUUGGGGACCGCAAGAACCCGGUCUGCCGAGAAAUGUCCAUGGCGCUCUUAUCGAACCUCGCCCAGGGGGACACACUAGCGGCAAGGGCAAUAGCUGUGCAGAAGGGAAGCAUCGGAAACUUGAUAAGCUUCCUGGAGGAUGGGGUCACUAUGGCCCAGUACCAGCAGAGCCAGCAUAACCUCAUGCACAUGCAGCCUCCACCUCUGGAGCCACCUAGCGUAGACAUGAUGUGCAGGGCAGCCAAGGCCUUGCUGGCCAUGGCUAGAGUGGAUGAGAACCGCUCAGAGUUCCUUUUGCACGAGGGUCGUUUGCUGGAUAUCUCAAUAUCUGCUGUCCUGAACUCUCUGGUUGCAUCUGUCAUCUGUGAUGUACUUUUUCAGAUUGGGCAGUUAUGACAUAAGUGAGAAGCCAAGCAUGUGUGAGUGGAGAUUAGAGGGUCACAUAUAACUGGCUGUUUUCUGUUCUUGUUUAUCCAACGUAGGAAGAAGGAAAAACAAACAAACAAAAAAAAAACCAAAAAAAAAGAGGAAAAAAAAAAAAGAAAAAAAAAAAAAAGAAUCUUUGCUCCUCUGCCCCAUUCACUAUUUACCAAUUGGGAAUUAAAGAAAUUAUUAAUUUGAACAGUUAUGAAAUUAAUAUUUGCUGUCUAUGUGUAUAAGUACAUCUUUUUUAUUUUAUUUUUUUUUUUUUAACCAAAAUUGCUGUCUAGUACACUCAGAGGUCACACCUUUUUGUUGUUGUUUUGUUUGCCAUAGAUUAUCCUUUUCAACCUCCUUUGCCAUCUUUGUAUCGCAUAUUUCUUGGGAAGCGACCUAGUGACUUUUUUAAAGCAAGCAGACAAACAAACAAACAAACAAACGAUGUUAUGGCAAACCGUUGUACGA